ACACACACACACAGGGCAAUGUCCUAACAAAUAGUCUCACCCACAAAAUCAUUUCAACAAGUCAAAAUGGAGGACGGGGAAACUUCAGCUGGCAUUUAUGAUGGUUCAUAUAACAAACUGAUUUAUCAAGGGGACGAUGAGCACACUCUCUACUCAAAUCAAGAGAAGCAAGUGUCCUUGUCCAUGGUGAGACCAGAAUCCAUUUGGAAUCAUUACAAAGUGCUUACAGUAAGCCUGGCAGUGCUUGCGGCCCUGUUACUAGCAGUUGACAUUGGCCUGGGAGUCUAUUAUAGCAAACUUACUGAUGGGCAGCACAUAAUGGACAUCAGCAAUGAGGUGGCCAAACUGCAGGCUACUUACAGCGAUGCAAUCCAAAGCAGGGAUGAAGCCAAGAAACAGUUGGCAAGUGAAAUCAAGCAGCAGGAAUUUACCAAGUGGGAGAUUGAACACGAGAAUAAAAGAAGCACAUCCUUUGAAAAGCUGAGUGACAAAAUUCAAAUGGAAAUUGCAGUGCUGAAGUCCCACAUCCCAAUGAUUAACGAGGGCUGCAGACACUGUCUACCAGGAUGGACUUUCAUGAACUCCUUGUGUUACUACUUUGCUUUCCUUGACACUUUGUCACGUAGAUCAUGGCAGGAAGCCAGACAGUUCUGCACAAAUCUAGGAGGUGACUUGGCAGUGGUAGACAACAGAGAGACACACCUGGCAAUAAGUGAAUUGAUAAAUACCUAUCAAGACCAAACGAUAGAAAUAAGCAUCAGAGGCUUCUGGAUUGGACUGAGAGAUGUGGAGCAGGAAGGGAUUUGGAAAUGGCUGGAUGGAAGAACACUGAAUGAGGGGUUCUGGAAUAAUGGAGAGCCCAACAACAUUGGUAAUGAGGACUGUGCAGCUGCAUAUCCCAGAAGCAACCCUUUAUUGUCCUGGAAUGAUGCUCCAUGCAAUUAUGAACUGAAAUGGAUUUGCCAAAUGGCACCAAGGUCUUCUUCUGAAAGCCAAAUGUCAUUUUAAUCAGAUUUAUUUUUAAAUGAAUUGUUUGAACAAAAAAAGGAACUUCGCCUUGGAGACUUUUACACAUCUUCUGAAUCAUUUUAUUGUCAUGUCAAUAUUGUCAAUGGCAAAGAAGGUCAUAAUAUGAAAAUACAUCAGAUUUAUGAAAUUAACUUUAAAUAUAAGUUGACCAUUUUACUGUAAUAAAUACUGAUAUUAGCUUUAAUAUGUACAAAUGAAUUACUACUAUAUAGAUCUGUAUACUUGGUAACCAAUUUAUCAAGAACACAUACAGUCACAUAAACUAUACAUUCCAACAAGUCCUAUGUUGCGUGCCAAAGCAGCAUUAAGAGUGUCAGUUAGCAUGGAGUUAAGUUAAGCUUGCAAAUGUCACAGACAUGUAUUAUUACAAAAACAGUAAGUGUUAACCUAACCACUGGAGCUAAUUAUUAAACUUCUGUCUUGUUGGCCUUUUCGUGUG